AUGAUAAAUCUCAAGAAGGAAGAAAAAGCUAAAGAUGAGAAAUUUAAGACCACUGUCCCCAACAUAGAAUCAAAAUUGACUCAAGAAAAGGAAAUAGAGAAGGAGUCAUUCAGAGAAAGAGAUAUAGCAAAGGAAAUAAAAUCAAAAGAAAAUGUUAAAGGAGGAGAAAAAAGACCAGUUUCUGGGCCCUUGAAGUCACCUGUUCCCCGAUCAGGUAUUACUGAGCCCGAAAUGGAACAAAAACGCUGCAAAAUUGAUAUACACCCUUCUCCAUCACAUACCUCCACAACAAAGGACAGUCUCAUCGAACUCAAGGAGUCUUCAGCAAAGCUGUACCUUAUUCAUACUCCUUCACCACUAAUCAAGAGUAAGGAGAGAGAAACAGACAAGAAAGAAUUGGACAAGUCAAGGGAAAGAUCCAGAGAAAGAGAGAAAAAAGAUGAAAAGGAUAGAAAAGAGCGGAAACGGCAUCACUCAAACAAUGACGGGGAAGUGCUACCAGACUUAACCAAGAGGCGAAAAGAAGAAAACGGAACAAUGGCGGUUUAAAAACA